UGCUGUUUGUGGAUCCUCCUCUUGCUUUUAGCUACCCGAUAAUACAGUCGCCGGUGAAAAAUCAGACACAAAAGAGACUGAAAAAGAAUGGCUUUACUCCCAUCUGUCCGUGCCAUUAUCACUCACUUUUACAGACCAACAAAACCGCCUCCUCGACUGCCCUUAUCCUCUCUAUUCUUCCCCAAAAAGCUAUCUUUUCUCUUCCAUCUCUCCCCUAAACCCCAAGCCCUCAAACCCCUUAAACCCCUUGCCUCCGCUCGCCAAGAGACCACUUUCGUCUCCAACAACGAUGACCGCUUGGUGGGUUUUGGUUCAGUGAAUCAGGGCGACGCAAUUAAGACCCAGAGCUCGACCAGCACCAUUGCAGCCAUUGUCACUUCUUUAGGAGGCCCUCCUGCAGCCGUUGGCAUUGUUCGUUUGUCUGGUCCCACCGCUGUCGAUAUCGCCGGCCGUGUCUUUUUUCCGGCCAAGAAGAAGAAGAAGCAGGAGAAGAGUUUUGAUUCAGGUUCAGCAUCUUGGAGACCUACCAGUCAUGUUGUUGAGUAUGGCGUCGUUUUGGACUCUCGAGGGAAUGUAGUUGAUGAGGUUUUAGCUGUGCCAAUGCUGGCUCCUAAAUCAUAUACUCGUGAAGAUGUGGUUGAGCUUCAGUGUCAUGGGAGUGAAGUGUGUCUGCGUCGUGUGUUGAAGGCUUGUUUAGAAGCUGGAGCAAGGCUUGCUGAACCAGGCGAGUUUACCCUCCGUGCAUUCCUAAAUGGUCGCUUAGAUCUUUCCCAAGCUGAAAAUGUUGGAAAACUAAUUUCAGCUAAGUCUGUUGGUGCCGCUGAUGCAGCUUUGGCAGGAAUUCAGGGAGGCUUCUGUUCUUUAGUCAGAUUAUUGCGAGGACAGUGCAUUGAGUUGCUUACUGAGAUAGAGGCUCGUUUAGAUUUUGAGGAUGAGAUGCCACCACUAGAUUUCAACCUAGUUAUGGAUAGAAUACAUGCCAUGUCACAAGAUGUAGAGCAUGCGCUGGAGACUGCCAAUUAUGAUAAGCUUCUGCAAUCAGGAUUGCAGAUAGCAAUUGUUGGCCGUCCAAAUGUUGGGAAGUCAAGCCUCCUUAAUGCAUGGAGCAAAAGUGAGAGGGCUAUAGUUACAGAUAUUGCGGGAACCACUCGGGAUGUGGUGGAAGCCAGUGUUACUGUUUCUGGUGUCCCUGUAACACUUCUUGAUACUGCAGGCAUCAGGGAAACUGAUGACAUUGUGGAGAAGAUGGGUGUGGAGAGAUCUGUAGCAGUUGCUAUGGGUGCUGAUGUCAUUAUCAUGACAGUUAGUGCACUUGAUGGAUGGACUGUGGAAGAUACCAAACUUCUUGAGAGGAUUCAAUCCAAUAAGAGAUCAACAUCCAUCCCAAUGAUUCUAGUGAUCAAUAAAAUAGACUGUGCUUCGUCUGCUUGCUCUGAUUGGGUGGAUAGAGAAGCCAAGUCUUUCACUAAGCAUGUCUUUACAUGCGCCAUCACUGGUCAAGGAAUACGAGAUCUGGAGAAAUCAAUCUCAGAGAUUGUUGGCCUAAAUCAGAUUCCUGCAAGAGGACGUAGAUGGACUGUAAACCAGAGACAAUGUGAACAGCUCAUGCGUGCCAAGGAGGCUUUUGUUAGAUUAAAAUCAUCAAUAAAGGAGGAACUGCCUCUUGAUUUUUGGACAAUUGAUUUAAAGGAUGCCGCAUUGGCCCUUGGCCAGAUAAGUGGAGAAGACAUCUCCGAGGAGAUUUUAUCCAACAUUUUUGGCAAGUUCUGUAUAGGUAAAUAGAUGGAUUUUUUGUGUAGUACUACUGUAACUGGUUCACGUAAAGCAUAAAUUUUGCGGCUAAUUUAUUCUUUCUUGUAUUAUUUGGUCUAAUUGACGGUAUCAACAAACAAUUAAAUCAAACCAACUAUAUACUAUUCGAGGAUGCCGUUGGGGAUGAUCA